CCUCUCAUCCCUCUUUCUCUCGCUGGAAACAUAUACUAAAAUCUCUUCAGUUUUCUCUCGUCUUGUUCCUCUCUUAUUUCGUUCGAACCCUAGCAGACUCGUUGUUUGAUUUGUGGUUCGAUUUCUGAAAAUUAAUCUGGACUCUAAAGCUGUACAUGAUCGAUUUCUCACAGCGUCAACCGAGAGCCGCGCCACCAUGACGGACACCACUGACACCGUGUUAACUACCGUAACAACUAACCACAACCAAUUUCCAAAUUUCAGAAGCAUGUUUGGACGAUUAAGCUCAGAUUACUUCACUGCAUGGUAGAUUGAUUGACUGCCUGUUAUUAAUGUAUCCAGGUAAACAUUCUUCAAGUAUGGAACACAAUUCAUCUACUUUAUCUCUUAAGUUAUCGAUUGUUUAUGGUUUUUACAGUUUUUUCAACUUAAUAUAUACCAAAUUUGGUUUUUGGUUAUUUAGUAGCGGUUUAAUGUUGAUAUAGUUCCUAAUCUGGAAGUUCAGUUUUGCUUCUUUUUUAUUCUAAUUAUCCAAAUGCAAAUAUGAUUCAAAUGUAAAGCUUAGCAUGUUGAUUUAAGAAGAAAAAUGUAGGUUAGGUGUAAAUGUAGUUUGUAUGAAACGUUUUCUAUUGCAAAUUGCAUUACAAAAUAGAUUCCUACAGAUGAAAUCUAGGGCGAUAUACAUAAAAGUGAUUAUAUGUUGGUCUUUUUUUUGUCAUUUAUUAAUCAUUAUAUUCCAGUUUUGUCAUGAAAGAUAUGAAGGUUUGACAUUUUUUCUAUGUCGCCUAUUUUAACAUGUGAGGACCUGCAGCAGCAAAAGUGGUCAUAAUUAGAAAUUUUCGGAGCAUUCAUCUCCACUCUCAUGUUCUCUUUCCAUUUGGAUGUAAUUGUUAAGAUUAAACUUUUAUGUGAUAUCGAAGGAAAUGAAGAGUUUGAAGAUUAUCUGGUUGUGUUUUUUUUGCUUUUUUUUUUUGAAAGAGUAUUAUCCGGUUGUGUUAGAAGUUAUUGAUUUGAUGCGUAAUUACCAUCAACAUGCCAAAAGGGCAGCUCUAAUGUCAUCUUUCGUCAUGCACAAACCUCAUGAAAGAUCACAUUUAACCAAAGCUACAUUAAAAACACUAAAAAGCAUAGAAUGGAUUAUGCAGAUCCUUAUCUUACCACAAAAGAGGAAAGAGACAUCAUUGAACAUGUAGUUAAUGCUUUUGUAAAACCAUGUAAAGAAUAUAUUGGCAUUCUACAACCAGCAUUUGAUCAACUAACAACUGUACGCUUUCAAGAAGCUAUGCCAACAAUUCAACAAGUUUUAAAUGAUGAAACUUGUGCUUUUCAGGUGGAGUUAUCAAGACUUCUUGAUAUUGUGAUAGGCUCAACAAAUUGAGUGUUUGUAUGAUCAGGCGAUUGAAGCAACAAAGAAUGUUGAGAUAGGUAAUAAGGAGCUAACUCAAGCCAUACAGAGGAGCAACAAGAGGAACAACAAUUGCAGAAUUUUUCUCUUACUUUUCAUUGGUUUUACUUUUACUAUUUUUUUUAUUGACUGGUAUAACUAAUUAAUACUUAA